AUGCCGAAACAUGAAUAUACUUGCGCUGAAUGUCCAUCAUUCGUAUCGUAUCAAUUAAAACGGUAUGUUGAUCACCUUAAUAACACUCACGGGACUGCUAAAACAAUUUAUAUAUCAUGUCCAAUAUGUAAUUCUACGUUAUGUAAUACUCGUUCGUUUUCAAAUCAUGUGAGUCAACGGCAUAAAGUAGAUUUCAAUGAUGAAGAUGAUGAUGCUAAUAAUAAUAAUAAUAAUAAUAGUAAUAAUAAUAUAAAUAAUAAUAAUAACAAUAAUAAUAAUGACAACACGAAUGACGAAGCAAACAUGCAGUUCGAUAAUAAUAAUGAAUCCCUUUCGGACAAUGAUAAUUUAGCAAAUGAUCAUGCGAAUGUUAACGGAAUAAAUUCUGAAGAAAAAGAAAAUUAUCCAACAACAUUAUUAAUAAUGAAGCUCUUACACUUACUUUUAACGUUACAAUCAUUAUACUAUAUAUCUGAAGCUGCAAUCACGUACAUAGCUUUAAAUAUGGCUAACAUUUUGGAAUGGAUUCUCCAUCAUGGCGAGGUAAAUUAUUGCAUUGCCCAACAACAAGUUGGUCAACAUCAAAUGGAGUUACAUGUCCUUUUUGGACAAUCUGAUCCAAUUCGUGAAAUUACCAGAAGUUCAAGAUGA